AUGGUUAAGAUAGGGCAUGAGGAUGAUGAUACCAAUCCUCAUUUUCUCAAAAAGGAUAAUGGCCCAGAUUAUGAGAUGGAUGAGAAUGUAGAUCAAGUUGAACCUGCUGAUGCUGACAUGACUGUUGAUGUUGACAUGACUGAGAAUGAAGCUGAAGAGUCUGAUAGAGGACACAAGAAGACCACCUGUAGUCAAGUGGAAAGGCCACCUAAAAUUAUUAUUAGAAAAAAAAAAUAUUUAAGACAAAUACAAGAGUCAGUAAACAUGGAAGGGGCUGGGCAAGAUAAUGUUAUGGUUGAUGAAGGUGAUCAAGAUGUUAGGGUCAAUGAAGAUGAAGUAUAUGGUGGUAAUGUAGGACAAUCAAUUAGGAGGAAAAAGUCUAAAGGAAUCCUUAAAAUGAAGGUGGCAAAAAAAGUUAAAGGUGAAGGUAGUAGUGCAUCAAAAGCAAUGAAGUUGGAUUAG